AUGAGUUCAAAUCCAAAUGACAACCCAGUUGAUGUGUCAACUCCUGAAGUUCCACUGGGAUUCCAACCCCAACCCAACCCUAUUCAAAUGUUUGUUGAUUUUCUUCAACAAAAUCUUCAAGCUAACUCAGAGAAGAGUUCUUCAAGUCAGCUUACUAAACCCACUAUUUCUUUUAAAUCUUUCAAAUCUUUGCAACCCCUAGAAUUCAAAGGGACGGUAGAUCCCGUCGAAGCCAAGAUAUGGCUACGAGAGAUAGAGAAGACUUUUGAGAUAGUCGGUGUAGAAGAAGAGAAGAAAACUAUCUUUGCCGCUUUUAUGCUUAAAGGUGAAGCUAACUAUUGGUGGGAAGCUAAGCGAGUAUUAGAGGGAUCUAGUAUUAUAUCUUGGGCUAGGUUUACUGAGUUAUUCCUAGAAAAAUACUUUCCUAAGCAUUUAGAGAAUCAGAUGGAGCUCAAGUUUCUCGAGCUCAAACAGGGGAAUAUGUCUGUAGCAGAGUACGAGGCUAAAUUUACCGAGCUUUCUAGGUUCGUUCCGCAUCAAGUAGAUACGGACGAGAAAAAGGCUAGACGUUUUCAGCAGGGCUUAAAGCCCUGGAUCCAAAAUAGAGUUGCUGUUUUAGAAAUCACUAGUUACGCAACACUAGUACAUAAGGCUUGUAUUGUUGAGUCAGGGAGUGAGCUUUAUAACAAAGAAAAAGGCGAUAGGAAGUGA